AUGUAUAGUAUCUAUUGCCUCCGAGUAUUACGUUAUUGUAAUAACGCCUUGACCAUACCCCAACUUCUCUAUUUCUGCCACACUCAUUUUCUUUCUAUAUAUCUGCCAUAUCUCUUUCUUUCUCUAUCUCUGUCAUAUAUCUAUCUUUCUGUCUAUCUCUCACUGCUAUACCCCUUCCGUCUCUGUAUCUUUGCCAUAUCGCUUUCUUUCCCUCACUCCUUAUCUAUUUCUGACAUAUCUCUUUCUUUAGCUCUGCCCAUAUAUCUUUCUCUCUCUUUUUCAACCGAUUUGAUUUCUGUAAUCAUUGCUGUUUUUCCAUCGGCACCUGAAGUCGCUGCUCGAAUCCAGUCAACGGGCUUGAGUUCGAGUGUUGAUUUUCAAGGUAGUCUCUGCCUAUAUCUCUCCAUUUCGGCUUCACCGUCUCUCUGUGUUUCCGGUAUUUUCUUUCUUUUUCUUUAUACCCACUCUCUCCAUUUCUGUGCUCUCUCUUUCUCCCUGUCUCUGCCUAUAUCUCUCCAUUUCUGCUUCACACUCUCACUGUGUUUCCGAUAUUUUCUUUCCUUUUCUUUUUACCUUCACUCUCUCCAUGUCUGUUCCCCUCUCUUUCUCCCAGUCUCUGCCUAUAUCUCUCCAUUUCUGCUUCACGCUCUCUCUGUGUUUCCGUUAUUUUCUUUCCCUUUCUUUUUUUUUUACCUUUUCUCUCUUUCAUUUCUUUCUGUUCCUUCUCCUUCUUCCGUUUUUUUUUACUUUCCCUGUCUCUGUCUAUAUCUCUGCAUUUCUCUUUCACGCCCUGUCUGUUUUCCGGUAUUUUCUUUCGCUUUCUUUUUUUACCUUUUCCUCUCCAUUUCUGUCAACCUCUUUUUCCCCAGUCUCUGCCUAUAUCUCUCCAUUUCUGUUUCACGCUCUCUCUGUGUUUCAGGUAUUUUCUUUCCCUUUCUUUUUAACUUCACUCUCUCUCCAUUUCUGUUCCCCUCUCUUUCUCCCUGUCUCUGCCCAUAUAUCUCCAUUUCUGCUUCACGCUCCCUCUGUGUUUCCGGUAUUUUCUUUCCCUUUCUUUUUACCUUCACUCUCUCCAUUUCUGUUCCCCUCUCUUUCUUCCUGUCUCUGCCUAUAUCUCUCCAUUUCUCUUUCACGCCCUCUCUGUGUUUCUUUUUACUUUUCUUUUUAACUUUUCUCUCUCCAUCUUCUGUCCCACUCUCUUUCUCCCAGUCUCUGCCUAUAUCUCUCCAUUUCUCUUUCACUCACGCCCUCUUUCUUCUCUGCCUAUAUCUCCAUUUCUCCUUCACUCUCUCUCUGUGUUUCCGGUAUUUUCUUUCCCUUUCUUUUUAUAUUUCCUCUCUGCAUUUCUGUCACCCUCUCUUUCUCCCCGUCUCUGCCUAUAUCUCUCCAUUUCUGAUUCACACUCUGUUUGUGUUUCCGGUAUUAUUUUUCCAUUUCUUUUUACCAUCUCUCUCUCUCCAUUUCUGCUUCACUCUCUCUCUGUGUUUCCGGUGUGGUCUUUCAUUUACUUUUUACCUUCCCUCUCUCCAUUACUGUUCCCAUCUCUUUCUCCCUGUCUCUGUCUAUAUCUCUGCAUUUCUCUUUCACGCCCUUCUCUGCCUAUAUCUCUCCAUUUCUGUUUCACGCUCUCUCUGUGUUUCAGGUAUUUUCUUUCCCUUUCUUUUUAACUUCACUCUCUCUCCAUUUCUGUUCCCCUCUCUUUCUCCCUGUCUCUGCCUAUAUAUCUCCAUUUCUGCUUCACGCUCCCUCUGUGUUUCCGGUAUUUUCUUUCCCUUUCUUUUUACCUUCACUCUCUCUCCAUUUCUGUUCCCCUCUCUUUCUUCCUGUCUCUGCCUAUAUCUCUCCAUUUCUCUUUCACGCCCUCUCUGUGUUUCUGGUAUUUACUUUCCUUUUCUUUUUAACUUUUCUCUCUCCAUCUUCUGUCCCAAUCUCUUUCUCCCAGUCUCUGCCUAUAUCUCUCCAUUUCUCCUUCACUCUCUCUCGGUGUUUCCGGUAUUUUCUUUCACUUUCUUUUUACCAUCUCUCUCUCUCCAUUUCUGCUUCACUCUCUCUCUGUGUUUCCGGUGUGGUCUUUCAUUUACUUUUUACCUUCCCUCUCUCCAUUACUGUUCCCAUCUCUUUCUCCCUGUCUCUGUCUAUAUCUCUCCAUUUCUGAUUCAUGCUCUCUCUGUGUUUCCGGUGUUUUCUUUUCCUUUCUUUUUACCUUCUCUCUCUCCAUUUCUGUUCCCCUCUCUUUCUCCCUGUCUCUGCCUAUAUCUCUCCAUUUCUGCUUCACGCUCUCUCUGUGUUUCCGGUAUUUUCUUUUCCUUUCUUUUUGCCUUCUCUCUUUCUUUUCUGUUCCCCUUUCUUUCUCCCUCUCUCUGUCUAUAUCUCUCCAUUUCUGCUUCACGCUCUCUCUGUGUUCCCGGUAUUUUCUUUUGCUUUUUUUACCUUCUCUCUCUCCAUUUCUGUUCCCCCCUCUUUCUCCCAGCCUCUGCCUAUAUAUCUCCAUUUCUGCUUCACGCUCUCUCUGUGUUUCCGGUAUUUUCUUUCCCUUUCUUUUUAUAUUUUCUCUCUGCAUUUCUGUCACCCUCUCUUUCUCCCCGUCUCUGCCUAUAUCUCUCCAUUUCUGAUUCACACUCUGUUAGUGUUUCCGGUAUUAUCUCUCCAUUUCUUUUUACCUUCUCUCUCUCUCCAUUUCUGUUCCCUUCUCUUUCUCCCUGUCUCUGUCUAUAUCUCUCCAUUUCUCCUUCAAGCUCUCUCUGUGUUUCCGGUGUUUUCUUUCCCUUUCUGUUUACCUUCUCUCUUUCCAUUUCUGUUCCCCUCUCUUUCUUCCUGUCUUUGCCUAUAUCUCUCCAUUUCUGCUUCACGCUCUCUCUGUGUUUCCGGUAUUUUCUUUUCCUUUUUUUACCUUCUCUCUCUCCAUUUCUGUUCCCCUCUCUUUCUCCCAGUCUCUGCCUCUAUCACUCCAUUUCUGCUUCACGCUCUCUCUGUGUUUCCGGUAUUUUCUUUCCCUUUCUUUUUACCUUUUCUCUCUGCAUUUCUGUUCCCCUCUCUUUCUCCCUGUCUCUGCAUAUAUCUCUCCCUUUCUGCUUUACGCUGUCUCUGUGUUUCCGGUAUUUUCUUUCCGUUUCUUUUUACCUUUUCUCUCUGCAUUUCUGUCACCCUCUCUUUCUCCCAGUCUCUCUCUAUAUCUCUCCAUUUCUCCUUCACGCUCUCUCUGUGUUUCCGGUAUUUUUUUUCCCUUUCUUUUUACCAUCUCUCUCUCUCCAUUUCUGUUCCCGUCUCUUUCUCCCUGUCUCUGCCUAUAUCUCUCUAUUUCUGCCUCACGCUCCCACUGUGUUUCCGUUAUUUACUUUCUUUUUCUUUUUACCUUCUCUUUCUCCAUUUCUUUUCCCCUCUCUUUCUUCCUUUCUCUGCCAAUAUCUCUCCAUUUUUCUUGCACGCCCUCUCAGUGUUUCUGGUAUUUUCUUUCCUUUUCUUUUUACCGUCUCUCUCUCCAUCUUCUCUUCCCCUCUCUUCCUCCCUGUCUCUGCCUAUAUCUCUCCAUUUCUGCUUCACUCUCUCUCUGUGUUUCCGUUAUUUUCUUUCCCUUUCUUUUUAACUUCUCUCUCUCCAUUUCUGUUCCCCUCUCUUUCUUCCUGUCUCUGCCUAUCUCUCCAUUUUUCUUUCACGCCCUCUCUGUGUUUCUGGUAUUUUUUCUUCUUUUUCUUUUUUACCUUCUCUCUCCCCAUCUUCUGUCCUCCUCUCUUCCUCCCUGUCUCUGCCUAUAUCUCUCCAUUUCUGCUUCACGCUCUCUGUGUUUCCGAUAUUUCUUUUCCCUUUUUUUUUAUCCUUUCUUUUUUCUGUGUUUCCGAUAUUUUCUCUCUCUCCAUGUCAGUUCCCCUCUCUUUCUCCCAGUCUCUGCCUAUAUCUCUCCAUUUCUGCUUCACGCCGUCUCCGUGUUUCUGGCAUUUUCUUUCUCUUUCUUUUUACCAUCUCUCUCUCUCCAUCUUCUGUUCCCCUCUCUUUCUCCCUGUCUCUGCCUAUAUCUCUCCAUUUCUGCUUCACGCUCUCUCUGUGUUUCCGGUAUUUUCUUUCCCUUUCUUUUUACCUUCUCUCUCUACAUUUCAGUUCCUCUCUAUUUCUUUCCAUUUCUGUCUCCUUCUCCUUCUUCCGUUUCUUUCAUCCUCCCCUUCUCAACUAGUUUUUCCAACCUUCCACUGUCUCUUUGUUUUGUUUCUGCUUUCUCUACCUUUUAAUCCCUCUCUUCCUUUUCAAUUCUUUUCCUCUCUCAUUUUGCUUCUCUCUUUUCUCUCUUGCCCUUUCUUUCAUUUGUCGGUCCUUCUUUUUUCGUUUUUCUCCUUUUUCUAUUUCGAUAUCUUUUUCUUCCCUACUCUCCUCUUCUUUUUACUUUUUGUCACCCCCCCUCUCUCUCUCAUUUUCUUUCUUGUUUUCUGUUCUUUUUUUCUUUCUGUCUUUCUCUUUUCAUUCACCUUUUUCUUUCUUCACUACUGUCCUCUACUUUUUCAUUUUUUUCUUCUCCUCUCUACUUUUCCUGAUUUAUAUAUGUUUAUCCAUUUCUAUAGCUACACAUAUGCGAACAUGGAAAAACAAACAUUAUAUAUUUCAUUUAUAUUGGAACGUAGGAUUUAA